CAGCAGGCAUACAGACAGAAGUCCUCGGACUGGAGGUCUUCAGUCCCGGACCACUCAGCCUGGCCCAGCCCCAUGGCCUUUAAUGACCUCCUGAAGCAGGUGGGGGGCGUCGGACGCUUCCAGCUGAUCCAGGUCACCCUGGUGGUUGCUCCCCUACUGCUGAUGGCUUCCCACAACACCUUGCAGAACUUCACUGCUGCCAUCCCCACUCACCACUGCCGCCCACCUGCCAAUGCCAACCUCAGCAAAGAUGGAGGUCUGGAGGCCUGGCUGCCCCUGGACAAGCAAGGACGACCCCAGUCUUGCCUCCGUUUCACUUCCCCACAGUGGGGGCUGCCCUUUCACAAUGGCACAGAGACCAAUGGCACCGGAGUCACAGAGCCCUGCCUUGAUGGCUGGGUCUAUGACAACAGCACCUACCCUUCAACCAUCGUAACCGAGUGGAACCUCGUGUGCUCUCACCGAGCCUUCCGCCAGCUGGCCCAGUCCCUGUACAUGGUGGGAGUGCUGCUGGGAGCCAUGAUGUUUGGCUACCUGGCAGACAGGCUGGGCCGUCGGAAGGUGCUGAUCUUGAACUACCUACAGACAGCUGUGUCAGGAACCUGUGCAGCCUAUGCCCCCAACUAUACUGUCUACUGUAUUUUCCGGCUCCUCUCGGGCAUGUCUUUGGCUAGCAUUGCAAUCAACUGCAUGACACUAAAUGUGGAGUGGAUGCCCAUCCACACCCGUGCCUGUGUGGGCACCGUGAUUGGCUACAUCUACAGCGUGGGCCAGUUCAUUCUGGCUGGUGUGGCCUAUGCUGUGCCCCACUGGCGCCACCUGCAGCUUCUGGUCUCUGUGCCUUAUUUCGUUGCCUUCAUCUACUCCUGGUUUUUCAUUGAGUCAGCCCGCUGGUACUCCUCCUCAGGAAGGCUGGACCUCACCCUCCGAGCCCUGCAAAGAGUGGCCCGGAUCAAUGGGAAACAGGAAGAGGGGGCUAAAUUGAAUAUAGAGGUGCUCCGGACCAGCCUACAGAAGGAACUGACCCUAGGCAAAGGUCAAGCCUCCGCCAUGGAGCUGCUGCGCUGCCCCGACCUCCGCCGCCUUUUCCUCUGCCUCUCCAUGCUGUGGUUUGCCACUAGCUUUGCCUAUUACGGGCUGGUCAUGGACCUGCAAGGCUUUGGGGUCAGCAUAUACCUAAUCCAGGUGAUCUUCGGUGCAGUGGACCUGCCGGCCAAGUUCGUGUGCUUCCUCAUCAUCAAUUCCCUGGGCCGCCGACCUGCACAGCUGGCCUCCUUGCUGCUGGCAGGCAUCUGUAUCCUGGUGAAUGGGAUAAUACCUAAGGACCAGACGAUCGUACGCACCUCCCUGGCUGUGUUAGGGAAGGGCUGCCUGGCUUCCUCUUUCAACUGCAUCUUCCUCUACACUGGAGAGCUGUAUCCCACAGUAAUCCGGCAGACAGGCCUGGGCAUGGGCAGCACCAUGGCCCGGGUGGGCAGCAUCGUGAGCCCGCUGGUGAGCAUGACUGCCGAGAUCUACCCCUCCUUGCCCCUCUUCAUCUUUGGUGCUGUCCCAGUGGCUGCCAGUGCUGUCAUUGUACUCCUGCCAGAGACCUUGGGCCAGCCACUGCCGGAUACAGUGCAGGACCUCAAGAGCAGGAACAAAGGAAAGCAAAGACAAGUGCAGCAGGAACAGCAGAAGCAGAUGAUCCCACUCCAGGCCGCAACACAAGAGAAGAACGGGCUGUGAGGAUGGAAGGGGCCCCACACAGCACCAAAGGGAGUGGGGCUCUACAGGUCUUGCCACCUUCCUAAAGAGGGAGAGUGAGUGGAGGGACCCAUCCAAGUAUGGAGGCUGCCGGUCAGAGAAAUGCCUCCCCAAGGGUCACUUCGGUAGACCCCACGAGGAACAAUAAUUAAAAGUCCUGACUGUGUGCAGUUUCCAAGAUGGAAUGUGUUCUCCAUCGGCAAUCUUCCGGCUCGGUGUUCACAUGGUCUGUCCCUCCCCCAGCUCCACGGCCCUCCACCUCCAGGACAAGGCACAGAAUCCCAGAC